GAACGCUGCUGCAGUCCGAAAAAGGCUGGAUAUGCCUGGAAACCAUCACACCUUGUGAAUGAAUUGGUUUAAAAAGUACUCUGUUCGUUCUGGCAUCGGAUGGCUACCAAAAAGUUCACUUGGUGGUCAAAGUGAUUCCCUGAUGAGGGGGCGAAUGAGUCGUCGCUUCCUGCUUGUCAUCCUUGCUUCGCUCGUCAUCUUCCUCUACUGGGUCUGGACUGGAUGUGGUACCUCGGCAGUAGAAACUGUCCCUCUACCCCCACCGCACGACCCCUGCCCGACCUUUGCCGCCCCUCCCCAUGCAGAGCCCCCCGCUGCCAGGCUCUUUGAGGCAGAGGAGGAUGAGGGGCGGCUGGGGGGUGGCAAGAGGGUGGCAUUGGAGGAAAUUGAGUGUCAGGUGAACGACGAAUUCUCCGUGUCUUGCCGGCGGGAGGGCGGAGAAGUCUAUGUGCCAUUUUCCUUGGUGCACAAGUACUUCGAGGUCAACGGCAAGGUAGUGAAACGUGGAGGGAGUGAGCGCUUUGAGUGGCAGCACAGCUACUCCAAGGUGUAUUUCCCGCGGCAGAGCUAUGAUCCAGAUGGGGCCUACCUGUGGUUCGAGAACUACAACGUCGAGGUCAGGGACAGGGUGAAGUGCAUUAGUGGCAUUGAAGGGGUUCCAGUAUCCACUCAGUGGGACACUCGUGGCCACUUCUACCCCAUCCAGAUAGCACAGUUUGGUCUGAGCCACUUCAGCAAGAACCUGACAGAGCCCGCCCCCCUUGUCCUAUUGGUGGAGGAUGGAGAGAAGACUCUACAUGGGAAGUGGCUCUACUCCAGGGUGAACAGGCCUUCCCUCAGGAGGGUGGUGGAUGCAGGGAGCACGCUCCUCGAGUUCAAGACCAGAGGUCCAGGUACAGAAAUCUCACUAUCCUUAGAAGAAGGUUUAGACGUAACCACCUUGAACUGUGAUUUAAUGUUAAUAUCCAAUGCCAGCAUGACUGUAGUGUUAAGUAGUAAUAGUGACCAGACAUUGUAUAAAAUUCAUUACGUCAUGUCAGACAUCCACGUGUCGAUCGUGGACUCCGAUGUGUAUUACGGCGUGGGGGCUAGAAACAAAUGGAGGACCCUCACGAGAGACUUGGUGAUAGAUUUGAAUAAAGGACUCCACACGGCACAGGGCAGGCACAAGAUCCCGAAGCCGAAGAAUCUUCAGGUCCGAUCCAUCAUCCUUAGAGGUCACGGUCGCAUCGACAACAUCAGCCUGAGCUCUUCCUCUCAUGUUGCUCACUUCUUCUCGGCUGCCGAUUGGUUCCUCAACCAUCAGGACAAAAACGGUGGUUGGCCGAAUACGGUCACCCGUAAACUGUCCAAUGGCAUGCUGGAACUCGCUCCGGGCUGGUACUCGGCGAUGGCCCAGGGCCAGGCCAUGUCCUUGCUGACCAGGGCCUUCAAGGCCAGUGGUAAUCUCGGAUAUCUGGAGGCUGCCCUACGUGCCACGAAGCUUUUCAAUGUCAGGUCUGAGCACAGAGGCAUCCUCACCACUUUCCUCGGGAAGUACAUCUGGUAUGAAGAGUACCCCACCAUCCCCAGUUCUUUCGUGCUCAACGGUUUCAUCUACUCCCUCUUCGGACUCUACGACGUUCAACAGAGCGGGACUCAUCCGUUGUGUCGGGAGGCAGGGAAGAUGUUCCAGAAUGGCCUGGUGUCGCUCAAGAAGAUGCUGCCUCUCUUCGACACAGGAUCCGGAUCCAUCUAUGAUCUGCGCCACUUCUCUCUGGGCGUGGCCCCCAACCUGGCCCGGUGGGAUUAUCACAGCACACACAUCAACCAACUCCUCUUCCUCAACACCAUCCACGAUGACCAGAUUCUGAGGUCUGUGGCAGAGAGGUGGACCGGGUACAUGAAGGGUAAGAAGGCCCCACACAAUUAG